AUGCAACAACAACAGAAUCCUGUUAGACAACCUGAUACUCAGUCUGAUGUUCUUAAUCAAUUCAUGACUGAGACGCGGUCUUCUAUUAGAAAUUUGGAGACUCAGAUAGGGAAAUUGGCUACUCUUAUGGCCAAUCAUGCUCAAGGUGACCUGCCUAGCACAACGGAGGUUAACCCAAAAGAGCAAUGUCAGGCUAUUACAUUGAGAAAUGGAAAGAGGUACGAAGGGCCAAGCAAAGAACGAUCAGUUGAAGACAAGGGUCAGGAUCAACAGGCACAGGCACCGACACAAGAGGAAAAGAAGCACAGUGAGAAGAAGGCUACUGAAGGUAUACCAACAAAAGAAGCUUCGCCACCAAUUAGUAUUAAGCAUCACAUAAAGAUUCCCUACCCCCAAAGGCUCCGUAAGAACAACAUGGACAAGCAGUUUACUAAAUUCCUGGAAGUAUUCAAGAAACUGCACAUCAACAUUCCAUUUGCGGAGGCCUUAGAGAAAAUGCCGAGCUAUGUCAAGUUCAUGAAGGACAUCUUGUCCAAGAAGAGGAAGAUGGAGGACUUUGAAACUGUGGCAUUGACGGAAGAGUGUAGUGCUAUACUGCAAAAGAAGCUCCCUCCUAAACUGAGAGAUCCUGGGAGUUUCACAAUACCGUGCACUAUUGGGAGAAUUGAGGGAAUAAAUGCUCUUUGUGAUUUGGGGGCUAGUAUCAACCUGAUGCCAUUGUCAGUUUUCAAGAGAUUGCAACUUGGAGAAGCCAAGCCCAUAACUACAACUUUGCAACUAGUUGAUCGUUCAUUGGCACAUCCAAGAGGGGUAAUUGAAGAUAUCCUUGUCAAAGUGGACAAGUUUAUUUUUCCUGCCGAUUUCAUAGUUCUUGACAUGGAAGAGGAUAGCAAUGUUCCCAUUAUCCUUGGGAGGCCCUUCUUGGCAACAGGCCAAGCACUUAUAGAUGUUUAG